AUGCAAAUUAAAACAUGGUCGGUGCAACGAACGUUGGAUCCAUUAAUAGCAGAGGUCAGUUCGUUGGUAUCGGAACAACCAUCAGCUAUGAAGAAAGGUCGUUCAAAGCGCGCCCAUCUUCUAGUUGCAAAUGUUAUUCAAGCAACGGAAAAUUUCAUCCACAAGGCCGAUGAAAUCGUUCACGAAAAUCCUGGUAUGAGAAAUGAAUUAAUCGAGAGUAUGAAUGAAGUGAAACGAGCAGGUGAUGAAAUGGCUGUUCUAUCAAAGGGCUUUGCUGAUGAUCCAUGUUCAAAAUCGAAACGCGAGCAGAUGAUUAUCGCCGCCCGGGCUUUACUUUCAUCGGUUACUCGUCUAUUGAUGUUAGCUGAUUAUGUAGAUGUGCAACUUAUUUUGAAUUCUAUUCGUUUGGUGGAAAAUGAUUUACAACAAAUUCAUGAUGCAGCGAAUCAGGAUGAAUUAGUCCAGUUCUACAAACAAUAUGGAAAAGAUGUUAGCAAUUUGAGUUAUCAUGCUCAGCGACGACAGCAGGAUUUAGUGGAUCGAGAUGAACAGGAAAGCUUAGCAGCAGCACGUGCUACAAUCAAACGAUCAUCCAUGAUGUUAUUAACUGCAGCAAAAACCUAUUUACGUCAUCCGGAGAUACCAUCAUCACGUGAAAAUCGUGAUUUUGUCUACAAUCAAUUACGCGAGGCAGUCCGCAUGAUUUCUUCAAUUACUCAAGGUCACACAGAAACGAUAAAACAAGAUGCAGCAUUGAACACCGUCGGAGAUCUCACUCGAGCAUUGAACGAAUUCGAUCGGGUGGUCAUGAUGAAGCCACAGAAAUUCAAUGAACAAGUUGUUCGACCACAGCUUGAAGAGCAUCUCGAAAGUAUAAUCUCAGGCGCUGCUCUAUUAGCAGACUCCCUCUCAACACGAGAAGAACGUCGUGAUCGAAUUGUUCAAGAGUGCAAUGCAGUUCGACAAGCAUUGCAAGAGUUAUUGGAUGAAUACAUCCGAUAUUCGAAAAAGAAGAGUUCGGAAGACAAUGUCAACGAAAAGAUUCAGAUAAUGCAAACGAAAACUCGUGAUUUACGAAAACAGUUUACAAACAUAAAACGAGUCAAAAUGUAUGUCUAUCUGUGUGAUACUUUUCCGAGUCCAACGCAAAAAAGUACGAGUAUUCGAAUGUGCCGAGAAUUAUCCUCGUCACCAUCAUCGUUAGAAUCGAUUGAAUGUUCAUUUUUUACACCCACAGGCGUGAAAGACUUGCCGCUUCGUAAAGCUGCUGUCGAUCAUGUUAGUGAUACAUUUGUUGCGACAAACGUUCCACUUGUAGCCCUUAUCGAUGCAGCACGACGUGGGAAUAUUCAACUCGUGGAAGAAACAGCACAGAUCUUCAUGGAACAUGCAACUAAAUUGGUUGAAGUUGCAAAUAUCGUUUGUUCAAUGUCGGAUUCGAUUGAAGGAAUCAAAUUAGUUCGUCUAGCUGCAAAACACAUUGAACAUCUUUCUCCACAAGUGGUGAGUGCCGCACGAAUUCUUGCUGCUCGUUCGACCUCAAAAGUUGCUCAAGAAAAUCUGGAUGUCUUUCGUGAAACAUGGGAAAAACACGUGCGAUUGCUUACAGAAGCUGUCGAUGAAAUAACUACCAUUGAAGAUUUUCUUGCUAUUUCGGAAAAUCAUAUACUCGAAGAUAUUAACUCAUGCAUUCAAGCCAUGGUCGAACAAAAUGCAGAUCGUGUCGAUCGAACUGCAGGUGCGAUUCGUGGACGAGCCGAUCGUGUUAUUGAUGUGGUUGCUGCUGAAAUGGACAAAUACGAACCUGGAGAAUAUACCGAAACUGUUCUGGAAAGUGUUCGCGUUCUUCGAGAUCAAAUCAUGCCGAGUUUUGCUGAACGAAUCAAAAUAUCAAUUGACACUCUUCGAAUGAAAUCAACACAGGAUGAUCGCAAAUACGAAAUAAAUGAACAAGAAUUAAUCGAAGCAUCCAGCAAUGUCUAUCAUGGUAUAAGAGAUAUUCGAAAUAGUAUCUUAAUGAAUCCAGAUCUUGAAUGGCCAAGUGACGAUGAAGAAGGAUUUAAUGAUGAAAUCUACGCUCCAUCUCAAGCAUCAAGUCACGGGCCAUCGGUGGAUAGUCAACAAACUGAUAUGGAAAUGCAUCCAGGCAAUAAUGACAAUCCAAGUCGAGACAUGAUGAGACGAUUACCUAAAGAAGAACGAGAGCAAAUCGAACUUCAAGUUGAAGGCUUCAAACGAACAAAACGUGAUUUCGAACGUGAAGUUCUUAAAUGGGAUGAUCGUGGCAAUGAUAUCAUUGUUCUUGCGAAAAAAAUGUGCAUGAUUAUGAUGGAAAUGACGGACUUUACCCGGGGCCGUGGACCAUUACGUACAACAAUGGAUGUUAUCCAUGCCGCGAAAAUGAUCUCAGAAUGUGGAUCCAAAUUGAAUAAACUAGCGAAAGAUAUUGCUGCACAAUGUGUCGAAUCUCAAUCAAAAUCUGAUCUUGCUGCUUAUGUCGAUCGUAUCACUCUCUAUUGUCACCAAUUGGAUAUUACAAGUAAAGUGAAAGCUGAUGUUCAAAAUAUUAGUGGCGAACUUAUCGUUAGCGGACUUGACAGCGCUACUUCGUUGAUUACAGCAGCGAAAAACUUAAUGGGUGCAGUUGUACUCACGGUCAAAGCAUCGUAUAUCGCUUCCACCAAAUAUCGUAACAAAUCAGGAAACAAAGAGCCAAUUGUUCAAUGGAAGAUGCGUUUGCCAGAAAAGAAACCACUGGUGUUAACUGAUCGCCCGAAUGAUUCUGAUGUGCGAGUAAGAAAAGGUGCUACCAAAAAACGACUUGAACCUUUACACGUUCUGAGCCAAUUUCAAAAUUAA